AUGUCAUUUCCAUUGUCACCCGAAGUCACUCUCAUCAUCCUCUCUCACUUACCUUUACCUUCCCUUUCCGCACUUGCGCGCACCUCCCACAUUUGGCACGAAUUCUUCGAAACCAACGAACUCGAGGUCUACCGCAAUGCUGCCAUUCGACACUUCGCCAUCCCGUCAUCCGCUACAUUCGACAAUAUCGAAACCGUUGUCUCUCAGCGAGCAUUGGCCGGCUCAACUGACUGGAGGUCGUUUUGCAAGACUCAGCUCUCUAUUAAACAGGCAUGGCUGGGUAAAUCCGCGUCAAGUGUUACCUACCACGCGGCAGCGGGGGAAAGCGUUCAUGGCAUCAAAGUAGACGAACAGAAGGGUUUUAUCGUCGUUACCACGAGUGGGAUGGAGCCAGAACUUCGAGUUACGGAUAUGAACAGCGGCGAGUUGGUUUGGGCUUUGCCAAAGGGCUACGUAUCCCAGUCCGCCCACUGCGAGUACCACGAAGGACUUAUUGUCUUCAAUCGCGGAAGCGAUCUCGAGGUCUGGAAACUUGUCGAGCAAGAAGGCGACGAACAAGUUUUUGCUGCAUCUUCACCUCCUGACGAGGCACAAUUUCGUGCGGCAACCACAGCAAAUAGUGCCUUUCCCAAGCGCAAAUUCACUCCCUGGGCACUGCUGCAUCCACCCACUGACACCACAAUUUACGCCUUCCAUUUGGCCUACCCCACCAUUGUGGCUGGCUCGAACACCGACAUGUACUUCUGGGAUGUUCCGUCUGGGUCGUUCCUCCAGACCAUCAACUUUUGGGCGGGCUCCGGCGAGCUCAUGUGUCUUGCGCUAAGUGCGGAUGGCAUCGCGUUUGUUUCCGACACAAUUUCCCUCCGUGGAUUUUCUCUCGCGACAGGGCUUUGCGUUUUCGACAUCCCUUCCACACAAUAUUCAUACGGCGACAAUUCCUACACAUUUGAAGCGGACGAAAAUCAAGCGGGAUGGCUUCCAGACGCGAUUCUGAAGCCGCAACCUGUUUUACAUCGAUUAACGCCAGAGAUUCCUGGACGACUGGUGGACCAAUUUUGGAGUGUGCGUCUGUCUGAAUGUGGCUCACACUUGGUCGCUCUCUUGUCCAGCUCUCGGGUCAUCGUAGUCCCAUUCUAUCGUCGGGUCAUUGAUGGAGUCAAAUCCUUCCGAGAAAUUGCUCUAGAUAUUCAAGUUGGCUCGCCGCGCGGGACCUCCAGGUACCUCGCUCUUGAGAGCAAUAGGAUUGGAGUCGCUACAAUUCAAGGCAUUUACGUCCUCUCACUUGACCUUGACUCGUGUAGCGACAACACGAUUCCCCCAACAAUAGUGGCCACACGCGCUGCUGGCUUCACUGCAGGUAUUGCGCUGAAUAGCCUGACCUCUUUGCAACUGGGGCCUACGGGCAUCUAUUUCAACUGGUUCACAUGGCCCGAUCCUGUGUUCCAGUCGGUUCAUGCGCAGGAAGUGGCCCCUGACGAAUACAGGGAGGCGGCGUAUGUGCAGGCGCUGUCUGAUGACCGGAUAACCACCCGUGCAGAAAAUGGCGAUGAGACCGUGCAGGUGUUCGGGUUUCCGCAUCGGACGUAUUCAGCAGCGGCGUAUAGCAUCAACCUGGCACCGGUAUCGCUCACCGAGGAAAUCGAGGAGCAGUAA